CUUUUUUAUACUCCGGCUCGCAGAUAAACGAUGCGGCGGUAAAGGGAAAGGACUCAGAUAGUUUUGCAGUUCCCCGCAGCUCCACCAGUACCUUCGCCUUUUCGGGUCGGACGUUUCCACUUGCAACGCUCCCGCGAUAGUGAGCCCGCGCAGCGCAGGAUCCCCGGCGGCCAGAAUGGGCCGGAUUCGCAACUCGCCCGACCGCCGCACCGCGACGGCAGGGCCACGCUGCAGGCUGGAUCAGCAUCGGCGGCCCGUCGGUCCUCCGUGAACUGAUCGAGGUUCGACGGAGAGAGGCUGGCGCCAAGCCUCGGUUGCGGCCGAGGAAUGGGAGGCGAUAACGACCCGCGGUCGGGUCGGCUUGGUGAGCACGGAUGGACGUCCGUAAAAGUACUCGGUAAGGGGCAGUUUGGAAUCGCAUACCUGGUGCGCCCCGGCUACGCUGCGUUUCCUCGCCUCGGCUUCCGCACGUGCGGGCAGAACCCCGACCGGCGGUCGCUCGGCAUUCUGUGCUGCCAAAGUACGUCACGCGUUUUCAUCUCGUACGGAGUAACAACUCACACUGCAAGACGUGCAUGCACAGAGCCGCUGCGCCAGCCGCCCCCUUCUGCCUGCCCCGUGCGGGCGCCGAGGCAAGUCUCCACAGGAUAUCAGAGUAGGACAGAAUACGAGCCUGAAUAUCCGGAAGGACACCACAGGCGGCCAGCAUGCAGUUGCGAAAAUGGUACAGCAAACGAAGUAGAAGUUCCCUUGUCGUAUGCAAGAAACAUCAGUACUUGCUUUCUCCUUUAUGCGAUUGCGUGCUCGCUUGCCUCGGGACGUCGGUCGAAGCCAGCGCGAGUGUAGUCUUCGGUCCAACAAAAAUGCUGUUUGCUAAAUUUCACUUCGUCCAGGUGAGUCUCGACUUCUUGUCGGAGAAAGACAAUUUGCAGGCGGGGCAGGAGGUGAUGCUUCUGAAACAGUUGAACCACCCGAACAUUGUGGCUUACUACGACCACUAUCUCAGUGAAGAACCGGUGCGCGAGCUGGUGAUCCUGAUGGAAUACUGCGAAGGCGGGGAGCUCCGGCAGAAGAUCAAGGACGCUGUAUCCUACUCACUCUGGCCUCACGUCCGAUCCCCGUGCCGAUGUUGGAUCGGUCGCCCCCGGAAAGAAACAUCGCUGAGGAGACACAAGAUAACUUUGGUAGGGCAAAGAUGCAAGAACUGGCGACGUCAAGCGAGGCAGCAGUCGCGCGAUUGUCGAAUUGUUUUGCAUGGUAUUUCGAACAUUCCGCAUCGUUUUCCAGAGCAUCACUGCAAUCAUGCAGCGGGGGUCGCUCGUGAGAAGUGCUUUUUUGGGUUCCACACUGAAGCAAAGAAAAGGCGCAGUUCAAGGAGGCCCAGAUAAUGCGUUGGUUUUGCCAGGCUUUGUCGGCGCUCAGCUACGUGCACAAAAUGCACAUUUUGCACCGCGAUUUGAAGAGCAGCAACAUAUUUCUUCGCGGCCAGCACGGUAUCCUUCGAUGAAACAUUUUCCUUUGUCGCACACUGCAUGACCACAGCAGGCUUUGUUAUUGCAUAAAGCGCAACAUCAUAAGUAAUUCCUCAGUCACUUACUCGUUGAAAGAAAAACCUGUGUCCGUUUUUCUCGUCCCCGCGGGAGCUGCAGCAGCAGCUGCACAAUCGAAAUUUGUUUCCUUGUGACACGUUAUCGGGACUGCGCUAUUGGGGACUUCGGGAUUUCCCGAGUGCUGGAAGGCACCAUCGACGCCGCGGCCACGGUGGUCGGGACGCCCUACUACAUGUCUCCCGAGGUCUGCCGCUCCGAGCCGUAUUCGUACAAGUCGGACAUUUGGAGCUUGGGGUGCGUCCUGUACGAGAUGUGCAUGCUGAAGCACGCGUUCGAGUCCGAAAACCUGCUCGGGUUGGUGUACAAGAUUGUAUCGGACAGGUACGACCCGAUUCCCGGGCAGUACACGCAGGACUUGUCCUCCCUCAUCGCCCGGAUGCUGGACAAGAGCGCCCACUCGCGCCCGAAGGGGGAGGACGUGCUGCAGCUCGCCUACGUGAAGAAGCACAUGGCACACAUCGUCGCGGAGCAAGGCGGCGACUCGGCCGGCGGCAAGUACCGACGCAACCAGAUCAACUCGGACCUCUUCACCAGCGCGGAUUCCGGGGGUGGGCCGAGUAGUCGCGAGCAGCCGGGGCGGCGGUCCGACCAGUACCAGAAGCGGGUUGCGCCGUCCCUCGGGCCGGGGGCACAGAAAAAGCGGAAGCCCACACCUUUGAGCUUCGACGCCAAGGACGGCCCCCCUGUGGCAGGAAGUAUAUACUAGAACUCGUGCCUACACAUCUGAAUGUUUUUGCGUCCACAAGUAUGAUGCAGUCUCAGUUGGUGACACGUGUUCUUGUAUGCCCCCACUUCAGGAGCAGGGUCUAAAAUCUUACUCAGUUUUUUACACGCGUUGGGAUUGGUACUACACAUGUGUUUUCCUAUAGGCAGGAGAAGCGGUAGCUCGAGCUCCCUACUCGAGCUUUGCUAUGGGGCUAUAGCCAAGUGAAAAAACUCGACUCAGGUGCGCGAACCGAACAAGGCAGCGCGCGACCCGCCGCACAGGAAGAGACGCCGUCGAAAGUGCCACACUCGAGUCCGGACACGUCGCCAGUACACGACACCGCGGACGCGGAAACAAAGAUGAUCAUUCACCUGAUGAUGUCCCGCGUCCGGCACCAAGUAGUACAGCAGAAGCUCAACUGGAUGCACGUGUUCUCGAUGUUUGACCGUCGGAGCGAGGGACUGCUGAACGAGGCGGAUUUCUCAAGGGCGAUGACCGCGAUGCACCUGGGACUGUCACACGGAGAAAUAAAGGAUCUCUUUCUGGCCUUGAUGAUGCAGCAAGCCGCAACGAACUCCGGAAAUUUAUCGCCGGGAGGGGAGGGGAGGUGGUCGGGAGUUCUCGUCAAUCACAGGCAAGAAAAACUUUGCAGGCAUAACGACCAAAUAGAAGGUCAGUAUCUGUUGGAUCAUAGAACGUUGCUUGUCGGGAGCAAGUAAAGCAAGGUCGUGUAGUGCGGCAUUCUAAAAACAUAGAGAUCAAUAUGUGAUUUGCGGCGUCGGCCUGCGGCAAAAACAAAAUGUUUGUUUUCUAGCUGGAAAAGAACCUCCAGACACCCUCCCCAGAUUUUCCUUGUCACACCAAGAGGUGGUCCAGGUGAGCGCUUUCGCGCGGGCGCUGAACAGUAUCCCGCUCCAGGUGACGCAGAUCGAGGAGUGGGCCGCGUCGCAGCUGCUACAGGUUGCCAAAACCGUGAACACCAGUCCAAACCUGGUCGUCAAAGGCGCCAAGGUGCGGAUCCAGAACCUGCGCAACUCGCCCCAGCUGAACGGGCUCGAGGGGAUCGCCACCAACUGGGACCCCACUGCGUGCCGGUGGAUUAUCCGCAUAGAAACCACCCAGGAGCUGAAGGCCAUCAAAGACGCAAACCUGACCGUGGUGGACCACGCGGCCAACCCCGUCGCGGAGGGGCUAAACGCCUCCAGCCCGUCGGCGGCGCUGUACCAAAAGAUCUGCGGCAGCGACCCCAGCGGCGUCGUUGCGGAAAAAGCCUUUCUCGACUGCAUCUCCGAUGUCGUCACCACCGACCGGGAGCGGCGACGUAUGCUGGCACUUGCGCCCAAAAACGUGGAGGGCUACGUGGACGUCCGAGCGCUGCUCGCCGAGGACCGCUUUGUGCGCCUGUCCGGCGGGAAGUCCUUUCUGGACCGCGACCGUGGCCCCCCGCCGGAGGGCUUCGAGGGGUAAGAUUUUUGAACUGUUUGCAGCACUCGGUGUGGCUACAGGUCGCGGUGUAAUGUAUUUGUGUCGUGCGAUAUGCACAUGGUAGUUGGGUGCAAUGAUCAUGAUCAUGUAUAAUUUUUACGAAAACUGAAAUGUUAGAUCUCCGCGGCCACCGGUGGGAGCUACCAGAGCCGGCGCCACGCCGUCGACAACAGCCGGAACGUCAAGUAUGCCAUCGAAUACCGCGGCCAUGCCUGGAGCACUUGGCCCGGGACCCGGUUUUCACCCUUCGUCACCCACUACCAAAGCGAAAUUUUUAGUACAAUCGAACCGCUGGCGCCUACAAAGAUUAAUAAGUGGCGAAAAUAUAGGCAGAAAAAAGAUGUUCACUACUUUCAUGAAUAAGUUCGUGCAUUUUUGUGACUCAGAUAGACAAACGGCCGUGUCGUCGAUUGUUCGACUCCAGCGUUCAAAACAAUUUAACUUCCAUGCACAGCCGACCAGCGGAUCCAUCAUCAAGGAAAAGCUCAUCACUCGGGUAAACGAAAAUCUAUGACUUUGGCAGGCAUCUUAAUUUACGUUCCUUGUGGAACAACUCGUUGUCUCGACAGAAAACAAACCGCUUACCUUCCAUUGUUGAUGCACUGUAUCAAUCAAUCUACUCCAACUUCCAGCACUCCCGCGAGCGUGACAGCCCCACCGCCGAUGAACGUUCCACCCGGCAUGCCCCCACCGACCCCGGGCAGCUACCAGCGCACGCAAAGCGCCGAGCGCCAACCCGGGGAACGGUCCGAGGCUAGUGUGAUCAUACUGUGGCGGCUCGCGCAGCGACUGAACAACACGCGAACUUCACUCCGCGUGAUAUUGUCGCUUUUCCACUCCGGCGGAAGGGGGUCGGGCGACCCGAACGCGAACAAGCUUCAACUCGAGGACUUCCUCGAAGCGGUGUCUACCUGUCCGCUCGGAGUGUCCCGCGUGGAAGCCCACCGCGUCUUCCAGAGUCUCAGUCCGGGCGGGUCCAGCAGCAGCAGCAGCGGUGGCGACUUGAAGCCCAUAUCGCUGGACCGCUUCGAAAAGGCCAUCGCAAGCACGGCCGAGCGGUACGGAACCUCGCCGCCCAGCUGCCCCGACGACUUCGACCGCAUCCACUUCAACGCCCUAGCAACCGAAUGCCAGAAGCUGGACCCGGAAUCCUCCGGGUACGAUAAUUCUAGUGUUGUUGAGUUCUGUACGCAGUUUUAUUUCUUGACUUCAACGUUAAAACAACUUUUGGACGGGCAAAAAAUAUGAAAAAGUGCACGUUUUCAAAACUGUAGGUUUCUGCCGCCGCAAACGUUUCGCAUGAUUUUGAUGCAGACGGAGCCUUAUCUCACCGGGCUAGAGCUGGACUGGAUCGUGAGCGCAACGGAUAAGGUAUCCUGUGCAAAAGUAUCGUAGUCGUACUAAUUGCAAAUAUGCAUGACGAAUCUCCUUCCUAAGGUAAAACAGCAUUACAAAUUCCACUUUUCUUCUUGCCAACAUUUGUGAUGCAAUUUAUACUAGUACGAUACUUUUGCAAUGCAUAUAAGGACGGUGACGGCAACUUGGAGUACGCUACUUUCCUCUGGCGAAAAACACCAGGACAGCCCUACCGACCAAGGUAUCCCAGAGAAAAAAGCUGGCAGGGCAUAUUUGUAAUGCAGAAAUAAAUACACAGAAAAAAUUGCCAUGGGUGGCCCCAUAGCAUGCUGUUUCGGAUAUGCAAUGCAGAUUUUUUUGUUGUCAAUUUCACUUGUUAAAUUUUGGUUAAUUUCUUAGUCGGCGAGAUCGAUCGUGGUAAGGCAAACGCCGCCACGAAAAACCCCCGCAGAAAAAUAGCGGGCGGAACUUCUGAGAAUACUCAGAAGAUAAGAGGCUCCGCCGCUCGAUGAGCGGUGGCCACUUUGCUCGACCACGCCCACCCGCCCUUGUCUCGCCUGGACAUAGGAAGUGCGACAAAAUAGAUCGAUGCGCCGAGCGCGCAGUGCUUGCUUGGCUGGCUGCUUUCCCACACACGGGCGCCAGUGUCGCUGCGCUCGCAAUGCGGUUGGUGACCGCCUCACCUCAGCCCCUUGUGUGGUGCUGGUUGCGGCCCUCCUGCAGGAAGUAUAUGAAUAUCAGCAUCCGCUCCUCGCGGACCUCACUCACACGUGCGCGCAGCGUCCGGUCCUCGCGGACCUUGCCCACACGUGCGUGCAAAGGUUUGCACGAAAUCGAUGACAUGGGGGUAGCCUGCUGCGGCAGCUGCUUGCCCAUGAUCUUCCCUGCAGGGGGCCCGCGGCUGGCGCCGUCACGUCCCCAUGUGCAUACUGGCUCGAGGUGUCGCGGACACCAACUACAUAACAAAAAAGGCGGCUAGCUGUUGCUAGUGUUUCGCCCUCGCCCACCACUUUAUCGAGACUCGCCGUGAAGGAAAUUAGUGUCAAUUUCACUUGUUCAAUUUUGGUUAAUUUCUUAGUCGGCGAGAUCGAUCGUGGUAAGGCAAACGCCGCCACGAAAAACCCCCGCAGAAAAAUAGCGGGCGGAACUUCUGAGAAUACUCAGAAGAUAAGAGGCUCCGCCGCUCGAUGAGCGGUGGCCACUUUGCUCGACCACGCCCACCCGCCCUUGUCUCGCCUGGACAUAGGAAGUGCGACAAAAUAGAUCGAUGCGCCGAGCGCGCAGUGCUUGCUUGGCUGGCUGCUUUCCCACACACGGGCGCCAGUGUCGCUGCGCUCGCAAUGCGGUUGGUGACCGCCUCACCUCAGCCCCUUGUGUGGUGCUGGUUGCGGCCCUCCUGCAGGAAGUAUAUGAAUAUCAGCAUCCGCUCCUCGCGGACCUCACUCACACGUGCGCGCAGCGUCCGGUCCUCGCGGACCUUGCCCACACGUGCGUGCAAAGGUUUGCACGAAAUCGAUGACAUGGGGGUAGCCUGCUGCGGCAGCUGCUUGCCCAUGAUCUUCCCUGCAGGGGGCCCGCGGCUGGCGCCGUCACGUCCCCAUGUGCAUACUGGCUCGAGGUGUCGCGGACACCAACUACAUAACAAAAAAGGCGGCUAGCUGUUGCUAGUGUUUCGCCCUCGCCCACCACUUUAUCGAGACUCGCCGUGAAGGAAAUUAAGUAUUUAUUUUUGCAUUACAAAUAUGCCCUGCCCGCUUUUUUCUGUGUGAUACAAGGUACGUAAUUCCGAGAACGCCUGCAGAGCACUGUUUGUAGUAGCCACAGCCUUCGUCAGGCAGUCCGCUCUGCAUGUCCUAACAAUUGUUUUGCUUGAAGACUUAUUUCGCAAAGCGACGUGCGGACAAAAGAAUUCGCAGAAGUUUUCAUCUGGUUGUUCCCCGAUUACUCUAUAGGUGGACGGCCCCGAGCUCGAUCGUGCAGCAGUGCAAGGCGGUAACGCGUGUGGCGCCCAGUUUGCCAGUGGACUACGUGCAGAAGGUUUUACUCGCCCGGUUGCACCGGACCAUCGAGGAAAAGCUGGUGCCCGGCAUGAACAAGUCCUGCAUCGCGUUUUUGCUGGAUGUGUUGUCCCUGUUCGCGGACGGGGACCGGUAUCUGCAGGAGCAGCGGUUCUCCUUCACGUUGGGCCUGCUGCUCGGCUACCUGCCCUUCGGGCUGUCCAAGGACGAGGCGGCCUUCAUCGUGGAGCACGCCAAGGGGGCGGGGAUCAGCUCGAGCCUGGCCGCCAGCAGUGCGGGGAGCGUGCUGCUGGAACUGACCACCUGGGCCAAGUCGAAGCUCGGGCCGAACAUGGGGAGCCUGCGGAAAGCGCUCACGGAGCAGUACAUGUUCACGCAGGACGAGUGGUUCAUGCACGAGGAGCUGUCCAAUUGCUUCACGCUCACGGACAACAGUUUCAAUGACUUGGAUUUGGACCGAUUUCUCAUGCUCGUCGAGAAGAACUUUGCGGGCAAGCUGAACGCGGUGGACUUCUGGCAGAAGGUAAAUCCGGGGGAGCGUUCGUUUCUGUCCGCCAAAACGCAGCAGACCAUGAAGAAGAGCGAGACCAAGUCCUGGGUGCAGAUGAAAAAGGAAGAAGCCGGGGAAGUGGGCGAGAAGAGCAACCGGAAGGGCUUUCCGUGCUGCCCCUGCCUGCGCAGCGCCGGCGGGGGAGAAGGCGGUAGCGGGGCGGGGGCUACGGCCGGAGGAUCCGACGGUAAUCGUUCGUGAUUUUUUUGAGCUACAAGUACGGGCAACCUGUUCUCUGUAAAAUUUGACCGUAGUAAGUGGUAAAAGUUUAGAUCUGGAUCCAAGUUUUUUAUUCAGCGCUACCAAGUCGACGUUUCUUGUACAGAAUCAACCAAAUUCUUCAAAAAGCUCAGAUGCAGCAGCAGUUUCCAAAUUCUUUCUUUCUAACAGCAAAACAGCAGCAGAAUCAAGAAGUCUCAAAACCUGUUUUGGAAUUACAUGACUCAAGCAAGCAUGCACAGGCCUUGAUAAACAGUAGAUUUGACGAAGCGAAAUAAUGCUCAAGGAGCACCGCCGGAAGUUCGCGCUUUCGCGACUACAGCUCGGAAACAGAGCUGCACCCAACGCUCG